UUGGUAGAUUACACAGGCAAAGGUUCGAGGUUUGUAAAUCCAAUUACGCCGGAUGCACCUGGCAACCCUGAGUUUGACAUGGGGCUCAAUAAGCUCAGUAUUGCUCUUCGCUUCGAAAAAUCAUAGCGUGCCGCCAGACGAGAGUACGUGAUCAUACAGGAAAUUAAAUUUUAACGAAGACUAACGAUUCUCUUCUCGAUAUCUUUUCCUUUUUUACACAGGUGUUUGGUGAUUGUUAUUCAUAAAAAAUAAAAGAAACGUAACUUUCAUAAAUCGUUCAUGUGUAAAUACGAUGUGUCCAUUAAAAGUGAUAUUUGAAAACCACGUGACUGUAAUUAUAUUUUCACAAUUUCAUGAACCCAUCAACUGAACUGAAAAAACUGCGCUCUCUCACUCACAGUGUACUUUUAACAACUUACUGGUGAGAGUUUUGUUGAGCAGAAUCAUCAGCAGUUCUAAUUAUCUUCGAAGCAGAGUAUACCUUCACUUGCUGUCACCUCAACCUUGCCGACUUCACCUCUCAGCAGAAUGCACUUGACGAGAGCAUCACUUCUGGCGCUGCCCGCUGUUCCUACAAUCGUCACCCUGUUCAUCGUUGCCUCGACCGAUGCUCUCCUGUUCGAUAACAACAUGCAGCUUGCAGGCAUUACAUUCAACCGUGCGCAGUAUCGUGUAUCACCCGUCAACGUCCAAUUGGGCGACAUGCUCCAUGGGGUCUGGGAAAACGCUCUCGAGGCCAUCCAAAAUCCGAACCGAUUGGGCCAAAAUAUCAAACGUCGGAUCGCACGACCCCGCCGUGAGGUGGCACAGCCCCGCCGCAGAAGGGCGAAACAGCGAGCUCCAAGGAAGAGGAAGCAGCCGAAGAAGAGGCCGGUGGGGACCGCUCGGGUGAUGGCGGAACGGAUCGUGGGGCUCGUGAACGGGGAACGCCGGAAGCGCGGUUUGAAACCUCUGCGCGAGAACCUCCGACUCUCGAAAGUUGCCGAGGCCAAGUCGAAAGACAUGCGCGACAACAAGUACUUCAAGCAUGUCUCGCCGCGGUUCGGGACUUUCGGGAACAUGGUGCGGAAGGCCGGGAUCAAGUUCUCCCUCGUCGGUGAGAAUAUCGCCAUGGGGAUCGCCACUCCGACGGCCGUCAUGAAAGCGUGGAUGAACAGCCCCGGACACCGGAGGAAUAUCCUCAGCCCCAGGGUCGAUCAAAUUGGAGUUGGAUAUGCCAGCGGCGGCUCGGGUCCUUACUGGACGCAGGAAUUCAUCAAACAGUGA